CAUCAUGUUUGUCUGUUUUUAAUUUGACAGUGACGGGUUAAGUAUCAGAGCUGCAGAUAGCCUACGUCUGCAGAGAGACCAUACAGGGUUUGGGAUAUCUACACUCCAAGGGGAAAAUGCACCGUGACAUUAAGGGUGCCAAUAUCCUCCUAACAGACAACGGGCAUGUGAAACUAGCUGAUUUUGGAGUAGCAGCCAAAAUAACAGCCACCAUUGCCAAGAGGAAGUCCUUCAUCGGGACUCCUUACUGGAUGGCCCCAGAGGUAGCAGCAGUAGAGAAGAACGGAGGUUACAACCAGCUGUGUGACAUCUGGGCCGUGGGCAUCACCUCCAUUGAACUGGCCGAGCUGCAGCCCCCUAUGUUUGACCUGCACCCAAUGAGGGCUUUGUUUCUCAUGUCAAAGAGCAGCUUUCAGCCUCCCAAGCUAAAACACAAAACAAAGUGGACCACAGCCUUCCAUAACUUUGUUAAAGUCUCGCUGACCAAGAACCCCAAGAAGAGGCCGACAGCUGAGAAGCUCUUAACGCAUUUGUUUGUAGGUCAGACGGGGCUGACCAGGAAAGUAGCUCUGGAGCUGCUGGACAAGAUGAACAACCCAGACAACCACCAACACUUCUCUGAGGUGGACGACGAUGACCUGGAGCCUCUUUCAGCAGUGAGACAUAUCAUUCGUUCAACCAACAAACACUCCAGAGCAGAGAGAACUCGCUCAGAGAUCAACUCAGAAAACGGGAAUCAUGCAUCUCCGGGAAGGCCGUGCUCGAGCCCUGGCCCCCCUAACUAUCCUGCUAGUUUCCAUAGCUACCCUAUCUACCCUACAGAGGAGACGGACAGGGCCGAGGACAGCAGGGACCCAGUUGAUAAAGUGACGUUUGAACCUCCACUGAGGAAGGAAACAGAGGCUCACAUUGAAAUGGACGUGACUAAACACUGCGACUUCCCCUCUCCCUGGAGCCCUUUCGCAGAGGGAGGCAUCUCUACCAGGGGACACAUGGCCCAUCUGGAGGACGCCUUUGAAGACGUGGAGCUGUCGACCCUCAAGCACGGAAUCCCACCUCCUCUACCUCCAAAGCCUCAUCUGAGCAGUUUGUCAGAUGAGCUAGAUGAGAGGUGUCUGACAGUGAGGAGAUUUCCAGGCUCAGAGGACAGCCCAGGUCCAGGCCUGUUCCCCCGGAGGCUGAGCACCCCAGAGCAGGGCAACAAGGCGGAGCAUUCUGGUCCGGACAACCUGUCAGCCAGCGGCAGUAGCCCCAAUCUGCUAUCUACGUCCACAGACCCCGAUCCCGAUGACGGCGUGAACGUAGACAAUCCCAGUCCUCGUCCCAGCCGACCACAGAGGACGGAGAAGAAAGACUACCUUAAACCUGCCAUCAACGGCCUGCCGCCAACUCCUAAAGUCCUGAUGGGGGCCUGUUUCUCCAAGGUGUUUGAUGGCUGCCCACUGAACAUCAACUGUGCCACGUCAUGGAUACACCCUGAUACUAAAGACCAGUACCUUAUAUUUGGGACGGAGGAUGGGAUCUAUACCCUCAACCUGAAUGAGCUGCAUGAAGCCACCAUGGAACAGCUGUUCCCCAGGAAGUGUACCUGGCUCUACAUCAUCAACAACAACCUGAUGUCUCUGUCAGGGAAGACCUUUCAGCUCUACUCACACAACCUGAUUGGGCUGUUUGAGCAGCUGAAGAAGCCUGGCCUGGCCUCUCAGUUCCAGACACACCGCUUCCCAGACAAGAUGUUACCAAGGAGGUUUGCCUUGACAACGAAGAUCCCUGACACAAAGGGCUGUCACAAGUGUUGCAUUGUGAGGAACCCCUAUACGGGCCAUAAGUACCUGUGUGGAGCGCUCCAGUUUGGGAUAAUCCUGCUACAGUGGUAUGAACCCAUGCAGAGGUUCAUGCUUAUCAAGCACUUUGACUUCCCUCUACCCAGCCCUCUGAAGGUGUUUGAGAUGUUAGUGGUUCCAGAGCAGGAAUAUCCCAUGGUGUGUAUAGCUGUCAGCCAGGCCACGGAGCCAGGCCAGGUGGUUCGCUUUGAGACCAUCAACCUCAACUCCUGCUCUUCCUGGUUCACUGAGAUGGGAUCAACUGGUCGAGCAGUGGACACCAUCCAUGUGACCCAGCUGGAGAGGGACACCUUGCUAGUGUGCCUGGACAAAAAUCUCAAGAUCGUUAACCUCCAGGGAAGACUGAAGUCCAACAAGAAGCUAGCCUCGGAGCUCAGCUUUGACUUCACCAUUGGAUCCGUUGUGUGCCUUCAGGACAGUGUUCUGGCCUUCUGGAAGCACGGUAUGCAGGGAAAGAGCUUCAAGUCCAACGAGGUCACCCAGGAGAUUUCUGAUCCCAGCAGAGUCUUCCGCCUCCUAGGAUCUGACAGGGUGGUGGUUCUGGAGAGCCGGCCCACUGACAACCCCACAGCCCUCAGCAACCUCUACAUCCUGGCCGGACAUGAGAACAGUUACUAGACCUGACCCCAGCCCUGUCCCUGUUACUGAGAACAGUUACUAGCCCUGACCCCAGCCCUGUCCCUGUUACUGAGAACAGUUACUAGCCCUGACCCCAGCCCUGUCCCUGUUACUGAGUUACUAGCCCUGACCCCAGCCCUGUCCCUGUUACUGACAACAGUUACUAGCCCUGACCCCAGCCCUGUCCCUGUUACUGAGAACAGUUACUAGCCCUGACCCCAGCCCUGUCCCUGUUACUGAGUUACUAGCCCUGACCCCAGCCCUGUCCCUGUUACUGAGAACAGUUACUAGCCCUGUCCCUGUUACUGAGAACAGUUACUAGCCCUGACCCCAGCCCUGUCCCUGUUACUGAGAACAGUUACUAGACCUGACCCCAGCCCUGUCCCUGUUACUGAGUUACUAGCCCUGACCCCAGCCCUGUCCCUGUUACUGACAACAGUUACUAGCCCUGACCCCAGCCCUGUCCCUGUUACUGAGAACAGUUACUAGCCCUGACCCCAGCCCUGUCCCUGUUACUGAGAACAGUUGCUAAAGCUGUCUGGCCCAAAGACCGGUAGCCCUGUCUGGCUCAGCCUCUCUGAUCACCGGUAACCCUUCACUCAGCCUCUCUGAUCACCGGUAACCCUUCACUCAGCCUCUCUGUCCAGUGAAACAAACAUGUCAGACGAGGGUUGUUAAAGUGAACUACUUUUUACAGCCCCGUUCACCUCCUCUCUUCUCCAGUCCCGUUCACCACCUCUCUUCUCCAGCCCCGUUCACCACCUCUCUUCUCCAGCCCCGUUCACCA